AUCUAUCAUUCGAAUAAUUGACAAUUGAGGUUAUCUUUUUCAAGCGUCGUUUUAUAUUUUUGAAAAUAGAAUUAACAAAUUGGGUGAACAAUGUCGAAAGCGCAUCCUCCAGAGUUAAAAAAAUUCAUGGACAAAAAGUUGUCUUUGAAACUGAACGGGGGCCGGCAAGUAACAGGAAUCUUACGAGGAUUUGAUCCCUUCAUGAACUUGGUAGUUGACGAGUCCGUAGAAGAUUGUAGGGAUGGUUCAAAAAAUAACAUUGGUAUGGUGGUGAUAAGAGGCAACAGUAUUGUUAUGAUAGAAGCCCUAGAUCGAAUCUAAUCUUACAUUAUCUUUUAAGUUAAUUUCUUAGCUAAGCAAUAUUUUGUAAGGAAUGGAAUUAUAAUGAAUAAAACAAACAAUAAACCUUGUCAAUUACCUGGUUUGUUGUAAUCAAACUUUUUUGUGGAACAUUCAUAUACCAAUACUUCAUGGUUUUUUAAUCUUUUCUUUCAACUCUGAAUACUUUUUGUACUCCUAGAUGAGAGGUAUUUUAUUUACCUUCAAGAACAUGUCUGUUAUAAAAGUUAUUAGAUUUUUUACUGUGCUCUAUACCAAAAACAAGUUAUAACUAAUCUUUAUUUUUAUAGCAAUAUGCCAAAUUGAUUUACACUACAUUAAAAAAUCCAACUGUAC